GGGAAUAGUAGGAGGAAUAGUUGCAGAACUGCAAGCCAAGCUGCAGUUCCUCUCUCACUUGUGCUCGAAAGCUUUCCAGUGGUACUUAGCGAGGCCGGAAGUCGGUUUCACGUGGACGCUCCUGACCACCGCAGCCAACCAGGGCCUUAUCCUCCUGACGACGCUGAGGUUCAGCAGGAACGACGUGUUUGAGUUCCAGUCACUCGCUCUCGCCUUCCAUGGCGCCUCCUACGUGGCUGUGUGUGCGUUCUCGAGCGAGAGGUUGCACAAGCUGUACAACUGGCAAAUAUGGUUUAGUGCCAUUGGGUUUCUCGUGGCACCCUAUAUGCUGCUAGUCCUAAGCAUAAUCCACGCCCUUCGUCUGCGCAAAGCUCGUAAAACAGACGGAACGACAGGUGGAAAUGAUACCGUCGGUGGGCCUCAGUCGGUCGACGAGAAGCUGAGCGCCGUCAGCUCCCUCAGGAGUCUGUGGGGCGUCUUGGCGGCGGCUCCUCUAGUCUAUCUUCAGAUCACAGUAGCCAACGCCGCGGAAGACAAAGACCUCUACUAUCUCGCCGUGUCUGUGAACGUGAGUUUGCUCAAAGCCUCGGCAGCGCAACUGGGCUCCGUGGCUGUCGACUGGGUCUGGAAGGUGUUCGGGGUCGCGAGUGUGAUGGCGAGCAUGGGUUCCCGCGCCUGGGUGGUGGCGUCUCUGUACAAAUCUCCGGGCCUCUGGCGGUACGCCUGCUGGGCGCCUCUCGCCACCGGGUUCCUGGCCACCUGGCUGGCCCGCUGCGUCUCUCGGCGGACGCUUCUCGUGUCCCCCGUCGACGCCCUUCGGAAAGCCAUCGUCCUUCCGCCAGCUGACGCUGAGGGCGCGUGUGGUGCGGCGCCCUUCUUCCUCGCGGCCGCCGGACUCUUCCUGACGAGGCCAUGGAGUGCCCUGAUCCUGCUGGCGGCGCUGGCGGUGUGUCAGGGCGGCGGGGCGUGGCUGUGGAGGGCGAUGUUCACCAUGCACGAGGAGAAGGAAGAGGAAGAGGUGGAGGAGGGUUGAUGUAUGGUUGGUUGAUACUGAUAAUGCAAAAUAUAAGUGCAAUAUUCAGGGAACAGGAUGCCGGUAGGAGCGGAAUAUGGAUCAGUCAGGAUGGGAUAAAAGUGACUCAUCUGUUAAGUGUUGUACCAUUUGUUGAUAUUACAUUUGAUAUUUUUAUAAGAUUUUAA